AUGUGUUCCAAGGUUCCCGUUGCGUUCCUGCUGCUGGGUGUGGCCGUGGUCUUCUCGGCCCCGCCUCCUCCGUACCACGCUACCGAGGCACCGGUCCAGUAUGAGUACCAGUACGCCGUCUCAGACGAAUACGCUGGGCUCGACUACGGCCAGACGGAGAGCCGAAACGGCUACGAGACGACCGGCUCGUACCACGUGCUGCUACCCGACGGCCGCGUGCAGCGGGUACAGUACAGCGUGGUCGGCGAUCAGGGGUACGACGCCGAUGUCACCUACGAGGGUGAAGCCAAAGAGUACCAGCCCGCUCCCAAGUACGCGAAGCCGGCGCCCUCUUACCACCACGCGCCCGAGUACCACCCCAGGCCGUCGUACCACGCCGCUCCCGUGUACCACCAAGCGCCCGUCUACGCGGAGGAGGUGGAGGAGGAGGUCGCUGAGGUCGAGGAGGCCGAACCCGAGGCGGAGACCGCCGCCGAGGGUGGUGAGGAGGCUUAUCAACAGAACGCCGAAUAG